AUGACACUGCGGAUGGUGUGGUUAGGAGGAAGGGGGACAAAGCAGUGUGGCAGGCAGCAGCAGAGGCAGCAGAUGCAGCAGGGGCAGCAGGGGGUGCAGCAGGGGAAUCGGGGGCAGGAGGGGCAGCAGGGGGGGCAGCAAAAGCAGCCACGGCAGGAGGGAAAAGAGGAGAGGAAACAGGAGGGGAAAUGGGAGGGUAAACAGCAGGAGAAUGAGCAGCAGCAGGAGAAUGAGCAGCACGCUAGGCUGCAUCACCAGCAGCAGCGGCAGCAGCUAGACGAAACAUUUAAGCAGGAAUGUCCUGGAGUGGAGAUGCUUGGACAGUAA